AAUGUUUUGUUAUUAGUUCCAAUCAAGGAUUUAUAACUAAUAUACCUCCUUGUUUCAAUCAAGUGGUUGUGAUUUUGCCAAGACAUUGAUUAUGAAUUAUUAAUUGCGUAUUGAUGUUGUUAAUUGUAUUUUGCAGACCAUAUGUAUAAUUAGAUAGUACAGGGAUUGGACCGAUGUAUUACAAAUUUAGAUUCAUUUAACAUUUAAUGGAAAACAAGAUAUAGUUGGUAACCAUGGAUAUCAUUACGAACGGCAACAGCGACACACACAUAAGUCAAAUAGAGGCUAACCUUGAACAUGAAGCAACAGAACACAGAACCAAUUUAUUGACUAACCUAAAUACACUUCGUAGAGAGAAGCAGUUGUGUGAUGCUAUUCUAGUCAUUGGUCGUCAUGAAACUCCAAUUCACAGAGCUGUUGUGGCAUCUUCCAGUACUUACUUGUUGGAAAUGUUCAAGAAAGAUAAAAAGGAAAAGAAAGAAGGGCAAACACAGAACAUGUAUAAAUUAAAGGACAUAGACUAUGAAAGUUUUCAGUAUCUUUUGGAUUAUAUCUAUACUGGCAGGUUGGCAGUUCCUGGCCCAUGUGUCAAGGCGGUCUACAAAGCAGCCGUCAAACUGAAAAUAGCCGACGCUGCCAGAACCUGUUCCCAGUUUCUUGCUUCCAAUCUCUCCGUAGCCAACUGUUUAGGUGUACGUAGGUUUGCUGUAGAUGAUGAACUGAGGAAAAAAACAGACCUAUUUAUCCAAAACAACAUUAACAGUGUCACAUGUAGCAAACUGUUUUUUGGUCUUUCAACAGUACAGGUAGAAAUUAUUGGUGCAGAUGAAGAAUUAAUAGAACCCAGUAACAGUCAUCACAUGGCAGAGUUAGUACUUAGCUGGGCCAGAGAUAGUAUAGAUACAGAAAAACCAAGACUAGAUAACCUAACUGAACAGGUUAAUAUAUUAUAUUUGAACAAAGACAACACUCUGACAGACUUUAAGGACAUUAAUGAUGAAAGGACAAAAGAAGAAGAUGAUGUUCGUGAAUAUAAAUGUAUUGUGAAAAGACAUGUAGUGCCACAGAAGGACCCAGUUGCCAAUUUAAACAGUCCACUGAAUGGAAAUGUUCUGAAAUUUAAUAUUAAUCCUGAAAACCCGAUCUCACCUAAAGAAUGGUUAGUUAUAGCUGACUACCAAACCAAAGAUAAAACUUUUAUGUCCUUGUGUAUGCUGAAUGGUGACCUGUCUGUUUUAUCUAUACAUUGUCGAACAAAGGCACACAGUCCUCCAGACAGUGGAUCAGAAGCACCAGACUCACCCACCACUAAUUCUAUGACCUUGGAAAGAGCAGUGUCCUUGACACCAUUAGCAUCAAUGACAGUACCUCGAUGUGGAUUUGGUAUGACGGUUGUGAAUAAAAAGCUAUUUGCCUGUGGUGGCUAUGAUAGAGGAGAAUGUAUGAAAUCAACUGAGUUCUAUGAUUCCCAGAAAAACAAAUGGAUUCCUGCUGCAGAUAUGUCUGUCCCUAGAGGGCGCUUCUCUACAGAAAAUGUUCAAGAUGUAAUAUAUGCUGUUGGUGGUUCAAAUGGUCAAAUAGAACAGAAGACAGUAGAAUGUUAUAAUUAUGAGAAUGAUAAAUGGUCAACAGUAUCUCAAGUGGCAAAGGCCAAAGUUUCUCAAGCAUUGGUAUGUGUAGAUAACAAGUUAUAUUGUAUUGGUGGUUGUGUGGGACCCAAAAGUGUCCCUGACUGUGAAGUCUUUGAUCCAGAGACAAAGAGUUGGUCCAAAAUAGCACCAUUAAAUACAGGAAGGUACCAGAUUGCAGCUUGCUAUCACAAAGGUUUCAUAUAUGCCAUUGGAGGUACCGAUGGUUGGAAUGUUUUAGGAAUUACUGAGGUGUAUGAUAUUAAAACAGAUAAAUGGGUAUUGGGACCAAGUUUGAAUGUGGUUCGUAGAGGUGCUGGUUGUGAUAUAUUCAAUGGUAAAAUACAUGUUGUUGGCGGAAGUGAUGGAUCUAAUAGUCUGAAAUCUGUAGAAAUUCUGGACAACAACAACUUUAUACUUGGAAGUUCAAUGAGUAUAGGUAGAGCCAAUGUGGGUGUGGUCAAUCUUUCCAAUCGACUUUAUGCUGUUGGUGGAUUUAGUGGCAAAAAGUUCCUUGAUACAUUUGAAUACCUUGACCCAAAAUCAGAAGAAUGGUGCAGUUAUGUUCCAGUGGAAGAGGUUCAGAAAUCACAGAAAAAUGGAAAUGCUUCAACUUAAAUAGUUAUUUAUUUUGGUAAUUUUUUGGGGAUCUCUGGUCCAGAUGAUUUCACCUGUAUUAUCAACCUUAAUAACACAUCCUUAUAAUGCCGGUGAAAUAUUAAGGAAUCCCUUUAUGUUCAUCAUUUCCUCCAUUCCUGCCAGUUGUCUCCCAUUUAUUUAUCUUACAAGAGUUAUCUGUCCUUUGGGAGUAUAUCUUGUAUAUUCUGAUUGCUAUCAUGUCAAAUUGGUCCAUUGUUUUUUGCUAUCAAAAAAAUUCUGUAAGUGGAAAUUAUUGCAACGAAAUUUUAUAAGAUAAUGAAAGUUUCAAAAAAUUUAAGACUGGAGAAGUAUUUUAGAAAAGGAAAACAAAUUGGUAUGCAGUUGUUUCAAAAAUUUAUUCUAUCAAUAAAGAUAAAUGUUGCUAAACAAAUACCAAAAUAGGGGAUGCAAAGUUACUAAAGGUAAUUGAUGGCCUCUUUAAAAGGGAGCAUAUUUUUUCUCCCCUAGACAGUUCUAUAAAAUAUUCAUGUUUUUUUUUAUUAUUGAGGAUUUCUCAUGAAUCAGUCUUAUCAAGUUACAUUCCGAAAUAUAUCAUGACCAUGACUGAAACUAGUUUUUAUAUUAAUUGCAUUCUUUUUUCAGAAAUCACGAAUCAUGCAUAAGUAUCAAUUUAUAUUCAAAAAGAAGAUCAGGGAAAUCAAUGAAUUCUUAUUUUAAUCAUCCUUAAAAUUCUACAGUAGCCUCAAAUGUACUUUUUUUUUUAAAUCAAAUUAAGUGACUACCACUUUGUGAAGCUGCAUUUUGAAACAUUGACAGUAGAUUCCUUAUUUUAACAUGUGGUUAAAAUCUGAAGAAAAAGAUAUAAACUUAUUGUAGAUUUCCAUUAAUACUUUUAUUAACUCAACAUUUCAAAUUAUGUAAUUUGUACAAUUUGAUUUGAUGCUAUCAAAAGUUUGAAGAACAAGGACAGCAUGUGUGAAAAACAAUUAGUUAUUGUUGUUUUAGUGGUAUCUGAAUUGGUUUAAUUUAGUUGAUGCAAAAAAUGACAAAUUAAUAUCUAAGCUUUCAAUUGAAUAAAUUAUUAAAUGUGAUUAUUAUUAAAAUUCAUGUUACUAUAUAUACUUGGACAUUCUUUUACCUUCACUUGUAUAUAUUGUAGUGUUUCAUUUACGUGAAGUUCAAACUCUAGAUUGGUCUAGAUUUAGGGUGUGGACAAUACAUUGCAGUAGAAAGAUCCUUUUGAGUCCAGUUCCCCUUAAGUAAAAGAAAUUUCUCGCUUCUUGUUACAAAUUAUUUACAGAUCCUCAGUUUAUUUUAGACGGAUUUUUUUACAAACCUUGAUAGUUUAAAUGACACUUUGUCUUAAUAGUUUUCAGUUUGUUCAGAAAGUUAGCAGUUUUCAUUCCAGAAUCAAAAGGCAGCUUAAAUGUGAUGUGAGGUGAUUUAACAGCUUGUAUCAACACAUCUGAUUAACUGUGAAAAUUUACCUGGAAAAUCAAUAGCAAAGUGUUCGUGAAGAUUUACCUGUCUUGGCACUUAUUUCCUGUUGAUGUGAAAGUUAAUUUUUUUUAUAAUAUUGUAUGUAUUUAUUCUGCAUGAAGUGGAUCUUUGUCUCUCUUCCUUUUAUGUGAAAGUAUUUCUAUGUUUUUGUUUUCUUUUUUCUUUUUUUAAUAAAAACUCCAUAAUUCAAUGACAAUUUUUUUCUGUAAGUUUAAUUGUUCAAGAUAUCUUUUUUUCUGUAAUUAGUAAUAAACAGAUUUUCAAUAUAUUUUAAUUAUUUAUUUGAUACUAAAUAACAGUGUCAAAAAUCUAUAUUAUUCUUAUAUUUGAAAUAUAACAUCUAAUUGACAGAGUUCCAUGAGGUAUAUAAUUUUUGUAUAUGUGGUAUAUAAUUGUCAAUACUUGAAAGGUGGCCAGAUACUGGUCUGUGGUUCCCAUUUCUUAACCUUUCUAAAUCACUUCAUGUUCUUAUCCCUACAGUUAUCUCCCCUUAUGACUACAUCUACACACCAGUGUCACUUCCUCAUUUUAUCUGCAGGGUACACAAUACAAGUAUUAUAUUUGAUAAAUCAUGAUAUUUCUAUUACAUAGUGCUGUUUUAAAACAAAGAAAAAAAUUUUUGAUUAUUUAAUUUCUUUGCACUGUUUUUGAUAUUUCUACAAUCAACAAUUUGCUCAAAUAUUUGUCAUUUCAAUUUUUUUCUACAUUUAUUUUGUUAGGCAACAUGGCGUUGUAUGAAAAGAUAUUUUGAAUUUGGAAGUUUAAGUUUCUUUUGUUUUUCUGAAGUACUAAAUAGAUUGUUUUGGUAUAACUGCAAGACACUUGUUUUCUAAAUUGCAGUAUCGUCAGCAGUUGCAAAUUAGUAUGUUUUCAUGCAAAAAUGUUACUACUUAGGGUUGUUUAACGCUUUUGACUACCAUUGAGGGUAUUCAAGGUCGUUCAACACACCCGUAAUACUGUAUUUAAACAUAUUAACCUCAUCAUUUCUUGAAAUUUUUUAUGAGUUUUGCAGAAAACAAUAUAUUUUUCCACAUAUUAUUUCUGUUGAUGUUAUAUAUAUAUAUAUAUACAAAACUAUCUAAAGCAUUCUUAUAAAAUAUGUUUAUAGAUGUAAAAUAAUGUCAGUAAUAAGUAAAUUAUAUAUUAAUCGCAUGUGUCACAAUUUUUUAUUGAAAGAUAUUUUGUACCAGACCAGUUAAAGGCAUUUUUAUUGUGUUAGAGUAGUAUAAGAUGCCAAGGAAGUAUGUUAUUUUCUUUAUUUGCCACUAUAUUGAGGUGUAUCUGUAUCAAUAAAUCGGAAUAUUCGUAUGGAAGGAGGUUAAGUUAUAAAGAUUUAUGUACAGAAGACCAUGAUAACUCACGGAAUAACUUCUGGGAAGGUUGUACCCUAUAAGCAAUUUUUGUUUUCAUUUUGCUUUAGAAAUUUUAGAACAAUGCAUGAGGUAAAGAUUAGUGUUUAGUCAGUUGACAAAAUCACUGUUGGGAGGAUUGUAGAUGAUUAACAAUUUUGGGUAUUCUUUUGUGCUUUAAAAUUUAAGAAUACACGUGUAGUAUUAAAAUAUCAAAAUUAUAAAGUGUUUUGUAAUUGUAUCUAAGACUUUGUCAGAGUUAAUAAAAUUGUGAACAAUUUAAUCUGGCCCAUAUCAAAAUGUGAACUACACAACAGAAAGAUGUUUUGAAAGCAGUUGAGUGUUGAAUAGACUAAUCUAAAGAAUAAUUGUCUUUUUGAUGAUAAAUUUAAAAGAUAAAGUACAUGGUACUAGUGAUAAAGGAUGUAAUUAUGUUAGAAGAUUAUUUGAAUAACUGUUAGUCAUUUUUGAUUGGUUUAACCAUUUGUAGAACUAUGACUUAAUUGUAUAUAAAUCUGUUGGAAAUUUUGUUAAAUAAUUUGAAAAUAUUUAUUUGUACUAAUUGAUGAUUUCAUAAUUUUUCCAAUGAAUUUAUAGAUGAAAUACCCUAAUGCAUUGUGGGUCCCCUAUCAAUAAAGCUAGGAAGAUAACACACUAUAGUCUUUUUCUGUCCAUAUUUUACAUUUUUUCUACUGGAUAGAGAUGGUGAAUUGAUCCAGUUUUUGAUCUCGUGUUUUGUUAUAUAUAAGAAGAUAUAGAUAAAUUGUGAGUGUGAUCUGAUAAUAUUUUGUCAUGCCCAAUGAUUAAGAAUGAUGUUUGGAGAUUUUAACAGCUUUCCACUUUUUCAUAAUCAAAGGUUAUUUUUUGUUUUGAUCUGUUGAUUAUUUUCAGAAUUAUAUCUCUCGGACUUUAAAGAUAUAUAAAAAUUAACAAAUGUCUUCAGAUAUUGCUUUAAUUGGUAGGGGACAUAUAUUGCUCAGAUUGCUUGUUUAUUAGGACUUGUACAUACAAAACAUUAAUUCAGAAAGGUUAAUCUAAUUGAAACAGAAUGAAAUAAAUGUUAAUAUUUAAUUUGUCAUUAUAUUAGAUACGUGAUUUCAUCAUACAAAGAAACAAUCUAUUGUAUUGUUUAUUUGUUCAAAAUUUAAAUAACUGUAUUCAUUUUGUACAUUGUUCAGUUUCCAUACUUUGCAAAAAAAGACAUUAUAAGGCCAUUCAGAAAAAAAAUGUUCCGUUUUUCAGGCCCAUGUAUGAAAUUUUGUAUUUGUAUCAUUUGAAAAAAAUACAUUGGAAAGAGAAUUAGAAUAUGUAUUUUGAAUGGUUUACGUUCUUUAACAAAAUACUGACCAUAAUUAUUCCAGACAGUCCAGGGUAUAUGUUUCCUAUAUUUGUUACAAUAAAUAAAAGUUUACUGAA